AUCCCAACCCCCAACCCUGAACAGACACAAAAAUGUCACUUCCCCGCAGCCUACGGGCAGCAGAAACUCUCCUGUCCCGAACAAAAACGCCCAUCCACCCCCAACUCAGAACCCUCAGCACAACCUCCCACCGACAACAGCAACAACAACAACAACCACCCAAACCAGCACCAACACCCACAACCACAAACUACAAACCAACACCACCAACCACCCCAACCAACUCCCAAAAACAACCCUCCCCCCAAGUCGCCAAAAUCCUCUCCCCAACCCCAACCCACCCCACAACCCCCAACAUCUCCAAAACCGGACUCUUCGACAAACCCCUCGAGCUCGAGACCACCCCAGAAGAAAAAAUCGACUGGACGCGCUCCUUCCACGGACUUUCCGCAGCCCCAUUCCCCAAGGAAGCGGCCGAUAUACUCCUCGCCGAGACGGACCCGGAAGAAGUGGAGAUCAAGCCCGAUGGCAUACUCUACUUGCCGGAGAUUAAGUACCGCCGGAUUUUGAAUCGGGCGUUUGGACCCGGUGGAUGGGGGCUUGUGCCCCGGAGUGAGAGUAUUGUUACUCCAAAGACGGUUACGAGGGAGUAUGCUUUGGUUUGUAAUGGACGGCUUGUUUCUGUUGCGCGCGGCGAACAGGAUUACUUCUCCCCCGAUGGGAUUCCGACUGCGACGGAGGGAUGUCGGUCCAAUGCGCUGGUGCGGUGUUGCAAGGAUCUAGGCAUUGCGAGCGAGCUGUGGGAUCCACGGUGGAUCCGCAAGUACAAGGCGCAGUAUACGCGGGAGGUGUUUGUGGAGCAUGUGGUGAACAAGCGGAAGUCGAAGAUCUGGGUGAGGAAGGAUGAUGAGGUUUCUUAUCCGUGGAAGGAGUUGAAGUGAUGCGUUGUCGUCAUUUUGCUGGGCUGAGGUAAUGUCUCAUUCAUGGGGCUCUGGACUGUUUGUUCACUGUGAUACCCGCCACAUAUUUGUACUAUAGGUCUUUUUUUUUAUGCUAAUUUGUAUUAUGAAAUAUCUCCG